AUCGCCAUAUGAGAGAAUCUGUCAAAAUAAACGUGAAGUUAGUUAGUGAGUGAAGUGUGUGCAAGUGUUGUUGUGAUGGCCCUAAGGUCUGUGAUAUCGUCUAAAAUCCCUAUGGUUGUAAUAUUAGGAGCUACAGGGACCGGAAAAACUAAGUUAGGUGUUGAAUUAGCUCAAAAAUUUGGAACAGAAAUAAUAAGUGCCGAUUCAAUGCAAAUCUACAAAGGGCUGGACAUCGUGACAGCCAAGGCCUCUCAUCAGGAGCGGGAAUUGGUACCGCAUCAUCUACUCGACAUACUCGAACCACAUCAGAUGUUCACAGUCGUGGACUUUAGAAAUAGAGCUCUUAAAAUUAUUGAUAACCUCACAGAACAAGGAAAAAUUCCUAUCAUUGUGGGCGGUACAAAUUAUUACAUAGAAUCUAUUGUUUAUAAAAUACUUGUUGAAGAUAUGAAUAACGCAGAUGAAUUACUUUGGGAAAAAAGUAGAAGAAAGAGAGAUUAUUCCGAAACAGACACGAGUGGAGAAAAUUGCCAAAAAAAACUUUCUAAAGAUACGACAAAUGAUAAUACCAAUGAUUUAUCAGAUAAUAUACAAGUACCAAAUGAAACAACGUCUGAAAUUGAUUUAAAAAAAGAUACAAUUGUAAGAAAAAUAAUUGAAAUCAAAGAUAUAAGUAAAGAAAAGUUAAAAGAAGAUGUAGACAAUGAAAGCGGAUUCACAAAUGAAGAAAUCCAUGCGAGAUUAAAUGCGAUAGACCCUGUAAUGGCUUCACGGCUUCAUCCCAAUAAUCGACGUAAAGUCCUCAGAGCAAUCGAGGUCUGGCUGAAAACAGGUCGUCGACAUAGCGAACUGUUAGACGAGCAGAAAGAAAACGAAGGGCAGCUGAGACGGCCAGACGGAACCGUCAUACUCUGGCUUAAAUGUGAACAGGCGGUACAUGACGAACGUUUGAACGCGAGGGUCGACGCCAUGCUGGAACAGGGUUUGAUCGAUGAACUGCUAGACUUCCACGACAGACACAACAAGCAAAGAAUGAGGGCUGGAACACCACCAGACUACACCAAAGGCAUUUUCCAAACAUUGGGCUUCAAAGAGUUUCAUGAAUACUUAAUGCUACCACCUGAUAAAAAAAAUUGUGAAGAAGGCAAGAAACUUUUAAGAGAAAGCAUAGAAAAUAUGAAAAUGGGGACCAGACGAUAUGCACGAAGACAAAACAAAAUGGUUAAGGGCAGAUUUUUAAAACAUCCUACCAGAGAGAUUCCACUUAUUUAUGAGCUAAAUACGACAAAUCCAUCGCAAUGGGAUAACGAAGUUAAAGAUAAAGCAAUACAUAUCAUAAAUAGCUUAAUUACUAAUUCUCCAUGCCAGUAUGACCAUCUAAAACCGGAAAAGAUAACUGAAGAAAUAACUAACAUUAAUGUUCAUUCAAGUAACUAUUGUCAGGUUUGUGAGAGGCUUAUUAUUGGCGACAAGGAGUUCUCUAUACAUUUAAAAUCUCAUAAGCACAUGAAAGUUUUGAAAAGCAAAGAGCGAUUAGCUAAGUUAGCUAACAUGAAGAAUGAGAUCGACGCUAAUAAAAUUAAAAACUAAUACAAUCUAAUAAUGUUAUUGUGUAUUUAU